CCGGCACGACGGCGCAAGGAACAGUGCUGAGGACGAUGCCAGAUGUUUCUGCCCAAUCACAAUGGCAUACAGUUCGCCCAUGGUCGCCUCGCUUUCUCCUCACUGUCAGAGAAAUAACAUCCGUAUCAACUACAUUCGUCCUUUCGUCGACAUGUGCUCGAGAUGGUGUUGACGCUAGCCUUGCUUCACUUGGCAUUUCCUCUGUACCUGACUCCGAUGACGAAGAAGGAGAGGGAACUUCAGUCGUAGCCACUCGACUGGGGAUGUCGAAAAUAUCGUUGGUGUCCGACGCAUUGGGACGGGGUCUCUCUGUGAACGUAAAUGGUGCUGCAUGGAAGCGAGUACUGAUGCGCAUGGAUGAGAAGGGUGAUGAGGCCGUUUUGGUGCUAUAUGGACUCAUGCCCGGGAGGCAGUAUGAUGUUGAGAUAGGGAUUCUUUUUGGAGAUGGUGGAGAGGAGGUUUUACACAGUCGGAUGGUCACUCAACCCCAACCGGGUCAACCAGGAUUUGACGAUUCUGCGAACAUUUCAACAGACUCUUCCUCCUCAGCGAUGACUGCUGCGUCCAAUAUUCCAUCAUCGUCAUCAUCUAACUCCGCUAUUACUCCUCACCAACGCACAAUCACUCAGGACGAAUACGCGUCUCAGCUACGAGCUCAAUUAAGUCAACUGAAUGCUGAACGUGAUGGUCUAGCAGGGCAACUGAAAGCUGCGCGAAAGGAAGCACACAAGGCCGAUGCCGCAAAGCGGAACGAGAUUGAGAUGCUCAAACGGGCUGCAGAAAAGCAUGCAUCCGCGGAAUUUCGCGGACGACAGAAGACACGCGCUUUACAGGAAGCAUCAAAGCAGGCUGCAGCAUCCGCACGAGAUGCAGAAGAAUCUGCUUGCGAAAUCGAGUCGUCGCUCCCCGCAAUACGUGCCCUGGCUGAUGAAGUGGCGCAGAAACACGCGAAUGUAAAGGCGGAGGCGGCGCGUGCGCAGGAGGAAGCAGAAGAAGCGCUACGUUCUGACCGUACUCGCACGGAAGCAUUGCGAAAUGAGCUGUCGGCGUUGACGGGUCGGUUGGAGAAGUUGCAAGCGAAGAAAGCAAAGCUCUCUGGUGAUACUUUGCCAAAGCUGGAAGACCAACUUGCAAAGUUAAUCAGAGAGGUGGAGCUUGUCGCACGUGAUGCUGGAGCGUUUGAGGUGAUUGAUAAUGGACCAGUCAGUUUUGACCUGAGUGCACCAUCCGUCGGACAGCAAUUUCCAUCCAGCCGACCUCCAGGAGUGAUUCAACAGAGCAGCUCAUCGAUGGCAAUGGUGAAUUCUACCCCCGCUGCAGCCUGUCGACAGAAUCACUCUAAACUUCCUUCCGCUCCAUCCAAUUUGAGCACCAAUCUAAGUAGCAAUGCUUCCUCGAACUUGUCUUCCCGUGCCCUGCCGUUUGACCCAGGACAGGGUUUCACCUCACGCCUUAGUCCAGCUUUCCAGUUCCAGCCCAAUUCAACAAGGCGCAUAGCUCCUCCGAACAUUGCUUCAACCUCGGGCUCGGUUUCCGUGGCACAACAGACGCGGUCAUCUGAAAUUGGUACUAAUAGUAUUGGCAGAAGCGAUGACGGCGCUGAAGGUACGAACUCGGGAGGAACUGGUGGUCUAGGCAGGCGUCCACGUUAGCCUAGCUCCGACAAGAUAGAAUGUCUUUGUCCGCUCAUAUUCCAUCGCAGGCUGGUCAACGAUAACAACGAUCACAUCUUCCAUAUGCAUGUAAGCAACUGUAAUAUACUUGUUUAGAUGCAGCCAUGAGUUUGCAUGUAUACAAGGUGCAAGUGAACAGUCCAUAUGUUUUGUGCUGUGUAAAGCCGCCAAAGUUGGUUCAGUAUUCC